CAUGGCAACUUCAGUCCAGGUUUCAAGGAUGUCUCCAUUUAUGAACCUGAGCAGGACAUGUGGCUCAAUCUGGAGCCAGCGCCAAAGAUCCUGCGAGAUGUAAAAACAGUGAGCGUGGAGGAUCGCUAUGUGUACGUCAUGGCCAGGACCCCCGUAGAUAUAGACAGCGAUGAUGGGCUGAGCACGGUGACCACCUGCUACGAUACAGAAAGCCGCAAGUGGCAGGAAGUGGACUCGUUACCGCUUAUUGAUGCCUAUUGUAGUUUUCAAAUGGCUGUUGCAUCCAGCAACUUCUAUCACACAGCUUCCUGUUGCCCCAAGAACUACACGGUAACACAUGAGGCUGCCCAGCAGAAAAUAAGCAGAAACAUCUCAGAGGACAUCCUCGACAGCCUCCCGUCAGAGGUCCUCAGCCUGGAGGGCGCUGCCAUUUGCUACCUGGGUGAAGACAUCUUCAUCAUCGGCGGGUGGAGGAACAGCAACCACGUAGAAAAGCAGUACCGCAAGGAGGCCUACCGUUACUGCGCCAAGAGGAAGCGCUGGAUGCUGCUGCCGCCCCUGCCCCAGCCACGCUGCCGUGCGGCGGCCUGCCACGUUCGCAUCCCGUACCAGUACCUCUAUGGCUCCCAGCGUUACCCCGUCCCCCACAACCUGGCUCGCCAGCGAGACCGCAUGCAACAGAUGCAGCAGCUCCAUCGGCGCACCCUCAGCCUGCGGAGGCAAAUGCAGUCUCAGAUUGAAUGUUAAGAAUCAGAUAUUCUGCUUUAAGUCAUUAGCACUUCAUCUGCUGAUAAAUGCCCUGCUGUUAUCUCAAGACUUUGUUUCAGUUAUUUUAUUUUAUUUUAUUUUUACCUUAAUUGAGGUGAAAUGUUUGCGCCAUUUUUCCUGAAGCGAGUUUGCAGUGAAGGAAGCUAUGAGUCUAAUCAUUUUUGGCCUUACAUUUUUUUAGCUCAUGCCUUACUUUUUAUCGUGCCAGCAAAUAAGACUGCUGUUGGUUUUGUUUACGAAACAAAUCACAGCUCAGCUUUUUAAACCGCGGCCUUUGUUAGCAUCUUAGAUAAAGGAUGUCAAUGUUUCCUGUGUGUGCAAAACAAAAACAACAAAACUAUGUCAUGAGAAAACUUUGUGUCAGGAAGCAUACUUGGCAAAGUAAAUGAUGUCUAUUUAUUGUGAUGUAUGUUAGAAGGAAAUCAUGAAUUACAAAAACUAAUUAAAUAGCUAACUUAGAAAAGAAGUAUCAGCUGCUUUAACUGUUUGCUUUCCUUUCCGUUGUUGUCAUUGAGGGUUUUUUUGCACAGUAUGCAUUGGAAUAGUGAUGAUCGUAUACUCUGUGCCUAAACAGACAAUCACAAUUUCGUAGCAAGGACUGAAUGUUGACAAAAAGCACACGCUGUGGGACAGCUUGACUUUGGAUGUGUGUGUGUGAUUUAUUUUAAGCUGGUCAAAAGAACAAAAAUCUCUAUUUCAUAUAUACGAUUUCUGGAAAGAUGGACUAAAUACCACAAUGAUAAUCCAAGUAUCUGAUUUUGUGUUUAAAUACGACGCUUUCCCAUUUCACAUCGCAAGGACAACCGCUAACAGAUCCAGCCACUGACAGCAGUAUCUUUGUGAAAAUGUUUGGUUUGUGGGUUUUAAUGGACUUGUUUGGUGUUUGCUCUGCAUUUACGCUUCUGGCAGAAUCUGUUUAGUGUUUUUGUCUCGGUGAAUGAAAGCACAUAUGAACAUUGCACUGUGGAAAGAUUUUUAAAUGUGCUUAAUACACUAAACCAGCAAGACGAUGUGUUAUUUUUGUGAAUGGUUAUCAUUUUCCCACUGUGCCAAUAAAAAUAAGACCUGUUCC